GGCAGAUGACGACCAAACCAGAUCCCCAACGGGGGCUCCAUUUCCAGAGACCCCGCACCCCAGCCCGGCUCUCCGUUCGCCUUCGAACUUACAGACCCGGGGGUAAGGCCGCCAUCUGGAUCUGGCACCGUCUAGAGCUCCGGCCCCUCGGGGCUCCGGGAAGGGGGAGGGGCAGGCAACCUGAGCCAAAGGGGGACCCAACGGAACCGGAAGGGCAGCCCUGGCCGGACAAAGACAACUUCCAGGUCCCAUGGUCAUCUCCGCCAAUCGGAAUGCUCGGAGGACGACGAGCCCCUGAGAGGGACUUCCCGCGUUGUGGGCGGGGCACAGGCCAAGGCUGGGGAGUCGGCUGCGGCUGUGGAGUAUCUGUCUCUUCGCGCUCUGCAGCUUCGGGUCUUCCGUGGGAUGCGUGUCCCAGCUCUGUUCUCGGUGGCUGUCGUCACGCAGGGCUCACACCGUCCGCCUCCUGCAUGGGCCUGAACAACCUGCCUGCGCACAAGUCGUGCAUUCAGUCCAGUCUUCCUUGCCAACCUAAGUUCUGCCCUAUCAACAAGCCAAGGCAGUUUCUUUAUUCAUUAAUGGUAAUCACAGCACACAGAGGAGACUCCCACAUCACGGCUUCUUGUUCUAACUGA